AUGUCUAAAACUUUUUCACGUUGUGCACAUUGUAGUAAAAAAUUCAAAAAAGAAACAAAUCUUAUUUUUCAUCAACAGUUAUGUAAAAGUACUCAAGUUUCUGUUUCACGAAACCUAAAAUUGAAUUUACCUGGUGAUUUUACUUUGCAAAAACAAGCCUUUUACAAAUCUUUGAAUGUAUAUUAUAAAAGUUUUACUGAAAAUUUCUUUGACAUCGAAAAUGCUCUUAAAUCUGAAAGUGGUAAUCUAAAACAAUUGCUAUCAACUUUUCUUGAAGUCUUAGGAUUGUUAAAAGUGCAAAUUGGAAUCUGUUGUGAAUUCUAUAGAUAUGAUGGCUUUGAAAUUGUAUGGAUAGAUCCAAUGUUCAAUUCAAGUUUGAAGCCACUUACCUCUAUUGAUCUUUAUAAUCAAUUUCUCGAUGAUUGCUAUUUUGAAAUAUCAGUAGACUUUGAUUCAUUCAAUCAAAAAGGUAGUGGAUGGAUUCUGAAUAAGGUAAAACUCAUCGAAAUUCGUAUUGGCAAGUAUAUUCCAUUACGUGGAGGGUGUAAAAAGAAAUCAUUACCUGGAUUUAUUUCAUCGAAAGGAGCAAUAAUUCAACUUGAAGCCACAACUGACUGUUUCAUGUGGAGUGUACUCGCUGCUAUUUAUCCAGUUCAAAAAAACGCUUCUCGAUUAUCUAAAUACAUCGCACUAUCACAAAAUCAUAACUUCAAUGGUUAUAAAGGUUAUGUUGAACUUGAUCGCAUUCAAUUUUUUGAAAAGAGAAAUUCUAUUUCAGUUAAUGUUUAUACUUUCUAUUUUACUGGAAAAAUGGAAGCUCCGAUGCCACUCUACGUUUCUAAGAAACGUUUUGAAAAACAUGCUAAUUUAUUAUUAUAUGAAGACCAUUAUUGGCCAAUUAAAAAUUUCAACCGUUUAAUUGGAAGUAAACAAUCUCGUUAUCACCAUUUUUGUGAAAAUUGUUUAACUGGAUUUUUAACAUCUGAAAAGUGCUUUGAACAUACUAAAGACUGUUACAAAUUCAAGCCAUCUAAAAUUAUAACACCUGAUCUUGGAACAAGAAUGUUUUUCAAACAAUAUGGAAAAAUGGUAAAAUAUCCGUUUAUAAUAUAUGCUGAUUUUGAAACGCUAUGCAAACCUGUUGAAAGCUGCGUAAAUCGAAAUACGUUUGAAUAUCAAGAGCAUGUUCCUUCAAGUUUUGGCUAUGUGAUUGUAAAUAAUCAUGGUAAAAUUGUUAAAUAUGUUUCUCAUCGUGGUCCCGAUAGUGCUGUUGUUUUUUUGAGAUCAAUCAAUGAAUCAUGUGAAAAAAUCAUAAAUGCAAUCAAUCGGAGAUUUUCACAGCUCAGGAUGACGUUAAAAGAUCAACAAGCUUUUGAAUACGCAACGAAAUGUCAUAUAUGUGAAACAGACUUUAUUUCCGGUGAUACAAAAGUGAGAGAUCAUGACCAUUUCACGGGUUUAUUCAGGGGUGCUGCUCAUGGUCGUUGUAAUUUACAAUUACAAAUACCUGAAGACAUCCCAAUCGUUUUUCAUAAUUUAAAAAAUUUUGAUGCUCAUAUAUUGAUAAAAGCUAUACAAACUAAGAUGUAUAAACAAAUCAAUAUCAUACCUCAAAAUACUGAAAAAUACAUUUCAUUUUCAUUUGAUAAUAUAAAGUUUAUAGAUAGUUAUGCUUUUUUGAGCAGCUCAUUAGAUAUUCUGUCUCAAGAUUUAGAUGAAGCAUUCAAAAAUUCAUUUUUAUUACAGCAAUUCAGACCAGAAGAUCUCAAUUUUGUAUCCGCUAAAGCAUCUCUCCCAUAUGACUAUCUAAAUCAUUUUGAUCGAUUUGAAGAGACUAGUUUACCUUGUUACGAAUUCUUCUAUAAUAAAAUGAAAAGAGAAAAUAUCGAUAGAAAUGUAUAUGAUAACAUGAUAGCUCUUUGGAAUCAUUUCAAGAUACAGAAUAUUGGUGAGUUUCAAGACAUUUAUCAAAAAAUUGACGUUGUUUUGUUAGCAGCUGUUUUCGAAAAUUUUAGAAAUAUCAGUUAUGAACAAUUCAAGCUUGAUCCACCUCACUUUUAUUCAGCACCAGGAUUAACUUGGGCUGCAGCAUUAAAGUCAACAAAAGUGAAAAUUGAUUUAUUGAGUGAUAUUGACAUGAUAAUGCUUUUUGAAAAAGGAAUAAGAGGUGGUAUUUCAUCAGCAUCGAAAAGAUAUGAGAAAGCUAAUAUUCCUGGAACUGAAGAUUUUCAACCCGACGAAGAAGCUAAGUUCAUAACAUAUCUUGACGUAAAUAACCUAUUUAUUGAAAAUACUGAAUUUGAUCAUAUAUAUAAUCAAUGUAUCAAUUCAAAUACCGAUGAAGAUGAAACUGGUUAUGUAUUCGAAGUUGAUAUAGACUAUCCUCUUCAUCUACAUGAUCUUCAUAAAGAUUAUCCUCUAGCCCCUGAACGCAUCUCAAUAGACAAUGAACAACUGAGUCAAUUACAGCUGGAUAUACUGGAUAAAACACAAAGACCACGAACAAAAUGUGAAAAACUGAUUGCAACAUUUCUCAAAAGGGAAAAAUAUGUUGUUCAUCAAAGAAAUCUAAAGUUUUACGUUAAAAAUGGAAUGAUCGUAACAAAAAUCCAUCGUAUUGUUUCUUUCAAACAAUCUUGCUGGCUGAAAGACUAUAUUUUACUCUGUACAUAUAAGAGAAUGGCCAGUAAAUCUAAUUUCGAAAAAAACUUUUGGAAAUUAUUAGUUAACGCAAUCUAUGGGAAAUCAAUCGAAGAUGUUCGUAAACAUACUGAGAUUAGAUUAGAAACAUCCCUUGAUGGAACAAUCAAACAAAUGCAAAAGCCACUCGUUGAACGUUUUUUUAUUCUAGAUGAACAAAAAGCACUCUUCAAGAUGCGAAGGAAAAGAGUGUAUCUUAAUAAACCAAUAUUUGUGGGUUUUACUGUUCUAGAAAUAUCGAAAUUACACAUGUACCAGCUGCAUUACUGA